AGAACGGAUAGUAUGACGAUAUUUUGGUGUAACCUAGACUUAAAACUAGACAUGUCAACAAAAAGUAUGUAAAUAUUUGGAUUUGUUUAGUGAACGAUCUCAUGUCAUUAUGAAACCCUAUUUUAUGAUUUAGCCUCUAUCAUAAACGCACCAGAUGGCAAGUUAUAAAAAUCUCCGUAACCCCUUAUUCCGAAAUUGGGUAAGAGGUGUUUAUGCUUUGAGGUAUCUCCAAUACGGAUUGAGUGAAUUUAUUGACGAUACUGCAAAAAAGCACCACAACAACCUUUUAGGCAAGUUAUCAAAAGGGCAGGUAAUAGCGAACACGGGUUGUAACAACUGCUCUACUGUCAACCUCCUUCCUGACCAUCCCACACGUCAUUGCAUUCAACGAAAUCGGCAAAAAUGCUUGUGUAAAGACUCGCAUGGCAGGCGAAAGUGUCCAAGUAAUUGUUGUAGCCGGUUGUAUGAUCACAUCAUCCUUGAUCAUGAAGAAAGAAAUCCUAUUUGGGAGAACUCCGAUCUCCAAAGUUGGUGCAGUGACUACUUCGAAGUUGCGAAAUUAUAUUUAGGAAUGCAGGGACAUAUUGAUGUACAUACAUGUGCUCAAAUAGAUGUGUCCGGCCUUCUAACUAUAGCCAUAAACAACAUCUUCUUUAAAGACUACAUUGAAGAUAUUGCCAAAUUUAAAAAGGCACGUGACGUAAGAAAUGAGCUAUUACAUUCGAGCAAAUUUGAAAUUUCAAUAGAGAAACUGGAAACAUACCUUGACGUCAUGAUUGAAGUACUUGAAGAUGGUCGUUCACUCGUUACGUAUGAAGUCGCAAUGAAGGCUGUAGAAAAUAUUGAAAAGGUCAGAAGUAAUCAAAUAAGUAUAACUGAAGUAGAAGCAGAAGAAAUGAUACAUUCAGCAGUGAAAGCAAUAGAAGAAAAGCGGCAAGAGGCAAUUCAGGAAUUAACAAAAGAAUGUAACUCACUCGAAUGGAAGAUGCAAUCAAGCAUUGCGUUAAAAACUGAAUCUUCAUGUGAACAUCUUCAAAGAGAAACCGACGAGUUGCGAAAGAAAUUAGUUAAAGACAUGGAAGAACAAACGAAGCAUUUAAAACAUAGGCAUGCCAUGAUGCUGUCUGAAAUGGAAGAAAAGAUGACCGAUUUUAUAUAUACAAUAGCAAAGGAAGAAGGUAAAGAACAACAUCUGCGACAAAAUGGUGAACUUGGCAACCAAAAGAUGAAAGCUUGCGAUCAAACAGGACAAACGAAAGCCACUUUGACAGAGGUCCAGCAACAUCUUAUCAAUUACUAUCGGUCUUACUACCUUACAACAGACGUAUCCCCUCUUCUUCGCGACAAGGAUGUUCAUGUAGAUGAGGUAUACGUCCCGUUAAUAUUUAGAGUAACUAGAAUGGGAAGGACCAAAACAGAAAAUCCUAUCAUCGAUUCAUUAACUGAUCUAUUCACGCCAAAUAACAAACGGCUUGAUAAUAUUUAUCUAAGUGGAGAGGGUGGCAUUGGAAAAACAACGCUUUGCAGAAAGUUAAUAUCAUAUUGGUGCGCUGCUCACAGUUUGAACAACCGGAGGACCAAAAUUUCUCAAGAAGACAAAAAGGCUGUAGAAAAAAUGAAAAACUUUAAAUUUCUUCUGUUCAUUUCACUUAGGCAUUUAAACAAAGAAACAACUAUUGAAGACAUGGUAGAAAACCAGCUUUUGUCAGGAUUUCAGCAUAGGCAGUUCAUAAGAAGAACUCUUCAAAGGAAACCAAAGACUUGCUUAUUUGUACUUGAUGGACUUGACGAAUGGGAACCAAAAGGUCUAAGUACACAUCCGGCUAUUCCGGAAGGUUUACCUAUUUAUAAGAAUUGUUACACGAAGCUAUUUACUUCAAGGCCGUGGAAAAUUGAAAGCAUACGACCAAAGCUUACUGAAAAUGACAUAGAACUUGAAGUCGAAGGAAUAAGCAUGAUUAACUCAAAACGUCUUGUGAAUGUAUUGCUGUUACUAGUCCGGGAAACUGCUGAAGAAUCUGAAAGGUUUUUCGCUGAAAUUCAGAAAAAAAAGAUGCAACAUCUUCUGCCAAUACCAUUGUUGCUUAAACUUCUUCUAUGCCUUUGGUUAGAAGACAAGUCGCUUGAAAAAUCGUCUACCAGUAUUUACUGCGCAAUUCUUGAUCUUUUACUUUCUACAGCAAUGAAGAAAAAUCGCUAUGAUGAAGAAUUUCAGUUAUUGCUUGACAAUCUACAGGAAGAGCAGUUACCAGCUGUAUUUCGAAACAAAUCUUCUUGUAAGAAAUUCUCAUCUGUCAUAAUGACCUUAUCCAAACUUGCAUUUCAAGCAUCGUUUGCCGAGGAUAGGGAAAAAUCUUUAGUAUUUACAGACUCGGAUCUUUCGUCAUAUGGAUUAUCGCAAAAUACAAUCCGGUUAUGUUUGACACUCGGCUUACUGUCUCAAAAGAAAUUUCUCGGAAUUUCAAAUAUGCUUCCAGUAAAAAAGGUUUCAUUUCUGCACAAGUCUUUACAAGAAUUGUUUGCCGCUAUUUAUAUCUCAAUGCAGUUUUCAGCAGAAACAGAGAAUCAUAUACAUCGUGCAUGUUCAACAGUUGAGAAUGUGUUUGAAUUUUCAAACGUGUUUCUUUUUUUGAGUGGGAUGAAGCCAUCUAUUAUGUACCAUAUAUCUGGCCAUAUUUGUAAAUUAGCUGAUAAUGACACAGUUAUUGAGCAAUAUCGUGAUAGAAAGGGGACGGGAUUUAUAGUAGGGUUAUCAAAAGUUCGUCGACUUCAAGCAACUAUAUGUACUUAUUUGCAAGAAAGUAAAAAAAGUAAUUAUGAUGAGGCAAUAAUACGGCUAAGAGAUAUAGUGUUUGAAGGAAAAUUGUCGCUUGUGUUCAAGACUAUGAAUGCAGCUUCCGUAUCAAUUUUGGACACACUUUUUAACAUUACACCUUGUAGCAUUGCGACUCUUACUUUAAGAAAUCUUGUUUUACCAGGACCGGUUUGGCAAUAUCUUAAAAGUUUAGAUUCACUCCAUACAAUAAUAUGUGAUAUGAACAGUGUGCCACGUGAUUGUUUAGUUACCAUUGUGUAUAAGUCAAGGUACACGAUAAAACACAUACACCUAGCUGGGUACAGGGAAGAUUCUGAAGUUCGAGAGGUGUAUUUUCUUCAUAGGGAUGAUAUAUACCAGCAUGGAAUAAGACGGGAUUUUCUUGAUAAGCUCUUAAAAAAGGCAACAUGUAUAAAAAUUGAAGACUAAAUAUACUUUUUGCAAUAAAAUGUUCCUGUGACGAUAUCGUUGAAACUGGUAAUUGAUCGUAAAAGCAAACUAAUUAGUCAUCUUUUCAUUUUAAAAAACUACAUGUAUAAUCUAUAAGAUAAGUUAGACUAUCAAACAUAUGUUUUUAUGUUUAACGAUGGAUGAGUUUUUUAGUGAUUUAAAGCUAUAUUUUCUAAAACUCCAUUAGGUUAUAUGUUCAAUAGUUUACUUUCAUUUACAGUGAAAUUAAGUUUGUGUCCCAAAUUUGACUUAGAAACCAAGAUAUUUGCAUCCAGAGUGCCAAUCAAUUUAUAAACAGCAGAAAAAUCUAUAAAAUAACGUCUGCCUGUUAUGAAGAUUUAGCAAAAAUACAUAAAAAGUAUGAUUUGUGGUUAUUGUUCUAGUUUAAAGUACAGGGAUAUUUUGUUUUUUCUAACUUUUUUCUAAAAGUUAAUCAUGAUCAGGGAUGGGCCUCACAGGGUGAAUACAAUCGAAAGUGCAGAUAUAAAUAAACAUUAGAAUGUGCACCUUUAAUAUAAAAGAUAGAGCUGUUAAUAGAAUUGGGUUUUUGGUAAAUACGAUUUGGAGGUUACUUCUUAUAAAAAAUCAAAGUUGAAAAUGUACAUAUUGUUUGUUUUUUGUUUUAUGUUGUUUUUUGUGUUUUUUUUUCUUUCUUUGUUUCUUUCUUUUUUCGUAAUUUCAAUUAUGGUUCCGGUCAAAUGUAUUAUUUCUAAAUGCCUUGGGCGAAAAUUACUUUUUUCUUAUUUAUCGUUUUAUUUUUUAGAAAACAAAAUUUUGUCUAAAUUCAUAUGCAUGGUGGUAUAAAUGUAGGGGAUUCUAUCAAACC